UGAAUGCUGCUGCCCGCGGCAGGAUACUGCGGCUUUUCCGGCGGCGAGGCAGUGGUGUGUCCUUGUGACGUGCCGUGCGUGGAGUCCCUCCGCUGACGGGAGCGCGCUGUGUUUUUAUUAUUUCGGAUUCAGGAGUCGGAAGCAGCGCCAAAAAACACAGAUCCACACUGAAGCGCCAUCGGUAGCUUCGUUCAGGACGGACUUCUCUGGCAUUUGACCAUUUUGCAGUGGAAUAGCGGAAUAACCCUGAGUUUGAAACCAUGAGCUCUGUGGCUGUCUUGACCGCGGAGAGCUUUGCCGAGCAUCGCAGCGGCCUGAAGGAUGAGGAGAUGGCAGAUGGAGUUCCCGUGGACGAAGCUUACAUCCCCACCUACCUGGAGGCUUUCCCUCCCCUGCCGGAGAAGGGGGCUCCGGGGGAGACAUCCAGCGAGUCGGGGGGUGCGUGGAGCAAGAUCCGGCCAAUCAAAUCCUCCGUCAUCACCCAGGUGUUUCACGUCCCUCUGGAAGAGCGCAGGUACAAGGACAACAGCCAGUUUGGAGAGGGGGAGGAGGCCAAGCUGUGCCUGGACAUCAUGCAGAGGACGGAGGCCCACAUUGAGCUGUCUCUGGCCAAGGACCAGGGCCUGUCCAUCAUGGUGACGGGAAAACUGGACUCCGUGAUGAAGGCGCGCAAGGAGAUCGUCGCUCGGCUCCAGACUCAAGCCUCGGCCACUGUCGGCAUCCCCAAGGAGCACCAUCGCUUUGUGAUCGGCAAGAACGGGGAGAAGCUGCAGGAGCUGGAGCUCAAGACAGCCACCAAGAUCAACAUCCCGCGCCCUGAGGACCCCAGCACCCAGAUCAAGAUCACCGGCACCAAGGAGGGCAUCGAGAAGGCCAGGCACGAGGUCCUGCUCAUCUCAGCAGAGCAGGACAAGCGGGCGGUGGAGCGCGUGAGCCUGGAGAAGGCCUUCCACCCCUUCAUCGCGGGCGCGUACAACAAGCAGGUGCAGGAGCUGUGCCAGGAGACGGGCGCGCGCAUCAACAUCCCGCCCCCUAGCGUCUUCAAGGACGAGAUCAUCAUCACCGGGGAGAAGGAGCCCGUGGCACAGGCCCUGGCACGCAUCCACGCCAUCUACGAAGACAAGAAGCGCAAGACCACCACGAUCUCGGUGGAGGUGAAGAAGUCCCAGCACAAGUACAUCAUCGGACCGAAGGGCACCACGCUGCAGGAGAUCCUGGAUGCCACGGGGGUGUCUGUGGAGAUGCCCCCCCUGGACUCGGGCUCCGAGACCAUCAUCCUGCGGGGGGAGCCCGACAGUCUGGGGCCCGCGCUCACGCAGGUCUACGCCAAGGCUAAGAGUGUGCUGGUGUCUGAGGUGACGGCUCCAGCCUGGCUGCAUCGCUUUAUCAUCGGGAAGAAAGGGCAGAACAUCGGGCACAUCACCCAGCAACUCCCCAAGGUUCACAUCGAGUUCACUGACGGAGAGGAGAAGAUCACGCUGGAGGGACCCACAGAGGAGGUGGAGCAAGCCCAGGCACUGAUACAGGAGAUGAUCAAGGAGCUGCUCCUCCGAAUGGAUUACACCGAAGUGAGGAUCGACCAGCGCUUUCACAGGCACCUGAUCGGAAAGAACGGAGCCAACAUAAACCGGAUGAAGGAGCAGUACAAGGUGUGUGUGCGAGUCCCACAGGACGUGGAGAGGAGCAGUUUGGUUCGGAUCGAGGGGGAGCUCCAGGGGGUGCAGCUGGCACGCAAGGAGCUGCUGGAGCUGUCAGCCAGGAUGGAGAACGAGCGCACCAAGGACCUCAUAAUCGAGCAGCGCUUUCACCGCACCAUCAUCGGACAGAAGGGAGAAAAGAUAAAGGAGGUCCGGGACAAGUUCCCUGAGGUCAUCAUUAACUUCCCUGACCCGGCUCAGAAGAGCGACAUCGUGCAGCUCCGCGGGCCCAAGAACGAGGUGGAGAAGUGCGUCAAGUACCUGCAGAGAGGCAUCGCUGAGCUGAUUGAGAACAGUUUCUCCAUCUCGGUCCCCAUCUUCAAGCAGUUCCAUAAAAACAUCAUCGGGAAGGGAGGCGCCAACAUCAAGAAGAUCCGUGAGGAAACGAACACCAAGAUCGACCUGCCCACAGAGAACAGCAACUCCGAGGUGAUCGUGAUCACAGGGAAGAAGCCGCACUGCGAGGCAGCGCGGGAUCGAAUCCUGGCCAUUCAGAGAGAGCUGGCAAACAUCAAGGAGGCGGAGGUGUCGAUCCCGGCCAGGCUGCACAACUCCCUGAUCGGGGCGAAGGGGCGCCUGGUGCGGGCCGUCAUGGAGGAGUGCGGGGGGGCCCACAUCCACUUCCCCGCCGAGGGAUCGGGCAGCGACAAGGUCACCAUCAGGGGUCCUGUAGAGGAGGUGGAGAGAGCCAAGAGACAGCUGCUGCAGCUGGCCGAGGAGAAGCAAAUUAACAACUACACUGUGGAGCUGCAGGCCAAACCGGAGUACCACAAGUUCCUGAUCGGGAGAGGUGGGGGAAACAUCCGAAAAGUGCGCGACCGCACUGGAGCCAGGAUCAUCUUCCCAGCCAGCGAGGAGAAGGACCUGGAGCUCAUCACCAUCGUGGGCAAGGAGGAGGCUGUGAGGCUGGCUCAGAGAGAGCUGGAGGAGCUCAUCAAGAACCUGGACAAUGUGAUAGAGGACUCGAUGGCGGUGGAGCCGCGGUAUCACCGGCACUUCGUGUCGCGGCGCGGGCAGGUUCUGCGGGAGAUCGCCGAGGAGUACGGGGGCGUGACGGUCAGCUUCCCUCGCACCGGCGUCCAGAGCGACCGCGUCACGCUCAAGGGGGCCAAGGACUGCGUGGAGGCGGCCAAGAGACGCAUACAGGACAUCAUCCAGCACCUGGAGGCCCAGGUGACUGUGGAGUGUGUAAUUCCUCAGAAGUUUCACCGCGCAGUGAUGGGAGCGAAGGGCUCCAAGGUGCAGCAGAUCACCCGAGACCACAACGUGCAGAUCAAGUUCCCGGAGCGAGAGGAGAGCCUGGGAGUGGAGCCACACCCCCUGGAGAACGGUGACCUCAGCCCGGAGGCGGAGCUUGUGCCCAAGAAGUGCGACAUCAUCGUCAUCUCUGGGCUCAAGGAGAAGUGUGAGGCUGCACACGCCGCCCUCAUGGCCCUGGUCCCAGUCACUGUGGAUGUGGACGUGCCCUUUGACCUCCAUCGCUACAUCAUCGGUCAGAAGGGCGCCGGGAUCCGCAAGAUGAUGGAGGAGUACGAGGUGAAUAUCUCGGUGCCACAGCCCGAGCUGCAGUGUGAUGUGAUUAAGAUCACAGGGCUGGUGGAGAGCGUGGAGAGAGCCAGGCUGGGGCUGCAGGAGAGAGUGAAGGAGCUGAUGGCAGAGCAGCAGGACCGGGCACUGCGGAGCUUCAAGCUGACCAUCUCGGUGGACCCCAAACAUCACCCCAAGAUCAUCGGCAGGAAAGGAGCGGUCAUCUCCCAGAUCCGCAAGGACCACGACGUCAACAUCCAGUUCCCAGACAAGGGAGAGGAGCAGCAGGAUCUGAUCUGCAUCACGGGGUACGAGAGCAGCGCCGAGGCAGCGAGGGAGUCAAUCCAGCGCAUCGUGGCUGAUCUGGAGGAGAUGGUGAGCGAGGACGUCAAGCUGGAUCACCGGGUGCACGCUCGCAUCAUCGGGGGGCGGGGCAAGGCCAUCCGCAAACUCAUGGACGAGUUCAAGGUUGAUAUCCGGUUCCCCCAGCCGGGCUCCGAUGAUCCGGACCGUGUGACGGUGACGGGACUCCCGGAGAACGUGGACAACGCCAUCGACCACCUGCUGAAUCUGGAGGAAGAAUACAUGAUGAAUGUGACGGAGACGGAGACGAUGGCAGCCUACAUGAAGCCCCCGUCCCGCCACGAGGAUGACCACAGGGGGCCGGCGAAGGGCUUCGUGGUCCGAGACGCUCCCUGGAACGUGCCGGGGACCAAGGCCCCGGAUAUGAGCAGCGCUGAGGAUUUCCCCACCUUCGGAAUCGGAAUCGCCCCCAAACAAACGUCAGCCUGGGGCCCGAAGAAGUUCUGAGAGAGGAAAGAAGAACCGCAGAACAACUCCGAGAAACUGGCAGGAUCCUUCCUCAACCCUCCUCCUGAAACUCCCUCUCUCUCUCACACAGACAGGCAGGCAGACCUGGUUCAAGAGAAUGGGGUUUCGUACAGAGUUUUUUUUUUUUUUCCACGGAGCACGUUUGAGCCGGGGGUCCAGGUUUUACAGUUUUAUUUUUUUUAGCUCAAUUCGUUGUUCUGCUGUUUUGGGUUUGCACGUCAAAUGAAAAGCUUGAGGUGAUGAACAGGGUGGAAUUAUUAAGAGCGCGUAUUCAGGGUUGCAAACGUGCUGUUUACUGUGAACCUGAUUGUUUGUGAACGAACGAAGCGUGGCGUAGAGAGACAGCGUUUAUGUAAGAACCUAUUCAGGGAUCUGUUGAUAAUUGAUCCUGGCAAUGUUUUACCCCUGAGGGAGGGAGGGAGGGAGAGAGAUUGAUUUAUUUUUUAAAGCUUUUGAAUAGCACUGGAUUAUAAAAACCUGGACUGGCUCAAACCGCUACGCAGUGGGAGCCUUACUCUCCAUCCCUGCUUUCUUACACUCCUCCAAAUUCUUUGAUAGUAUUAUUAUUUUAUUUUUUCUCUGAUGUUUUAAUAUCUUUCUCAUGUUUCAUUUCAAGGUAGUUUUCAGCCUGUAACAGGGUAACGUCGGGAAUGAGACUCAAGUCAGGAAUAGCUGCAGUUUAAGCCAACAGAGGCACCGAGGCCAAAAUAAAAGGUUUAAACAAAGGCUAAACACAGCCUGCCAGGCUGGGCAGUCGCCUUCACUGUCCACAGCACAGCACAGCACAGCUUAACCUCUUAUGAAGUGUGUCGGCUUUACCUGCUCAGAGUGGGAAGAUCAGCAGAGCCAGCAAUCUGGCGCUAGCAGUGAUUUGAGGGGAAAGCUGGAACAAAUAAAAAAAAAAAAAAAUUCAUUUCUUGAAUCGACCCCCCUUAAGCUGUUACCACGACGAUGAUGUGUGUAUAUAUAUAUAUAUAUAUAUACAUCUAUAUGAAUAUUUUAUUUUAGAGCCAAAGACGGCUGACAGCGAGAUUAUAAAUAAAGCCCUGCUUAUUUUUUUAAAUUAUUAUUAUUAUUAUUUAAACGUAGCGUUGGUUCAGUAGGUCUUUGAGUUUUAGGCGCUUACUUUGCACUGACUAGAAUGUAUUUCUGUACUGAAAUGAUUCCCAGCCGAGCGAUAAUAGUCCCGUUGGUUUUGGCUUUCCUUUGCUUUAAAAAAGUCACUCCAGGUACAUAGCUACUUUACAGAUACUGAUAUAUAUUUAGAAAAAAAAAAUGUGAGCACUUUAAGAUUUAAUAACUGCCCUUAAUUAGCUUCCCUGCUCUUUCCUGAACAGCGUUUAGAUUUGACUUUUCAACGGAACUUCUGUGAACGGUGCGACACUAUAGAGCAGCCCUCUGCUGCAGGGCGGUGCGCUGGUAUUAAGAGUCCUCCGGUGCGCUGGACACUUUAGUUCCCUUUUCAAAAUUGCUCUCCUUUAACUACAAACCUGUGUAUCCCUGCUGAGUGUUGGGAACCAGUGGAAAUAUUCUACUGUAGCCUAUUUUUGUUACUGUUUGUUUAUUUAUUUAUGUAUUGAUUUAUUUUUCAGGGAAUACAGGUUUUGUGUUUUUAAAAAACUGUUUGAACUCUUUUUAAAAACCUCUGAGGGUCACUCAAAACUGACCUUUUUUAAAAAAAAUGUAUUUAUUUGUAGUUGUGGCACUGAAACUACUUGAUAACUUAAUUAACUCAUUAAAAACUAUUUAACGAGUUAUCUCUGUUAUCUGUGAUGCUCAAACUUGUCGUCAUCUCAGUUCUGAAUAGCAGUUAUAUAGCAGUGGUACUCAGUCCUGUUCCUCAUGAUCCAGUCCAGGUUUUUACUCCAAGCAGGUUCUAAUGUAGUUAACUGAACCAGCUGAGAGGCAAUUAACUAAUUCAGCCUGGUUGGAAUAAAGACCUGGACUGGAGUAGAUCUCAGGGGCCAGAGUUGAGUACCACUGAUAUUUAGCCUUUUACAUAUUAUCUCUCAUACAGAUCUCCCAGCAUUUUCCCAAAAAUGUAUUUUGAUGGCUUCUAUCAUCAAUGGACUUUUUUUUAAAAUUAAAUAGAUAUUUGAACUGGA